AUGGAAGAACCAGACAUCCAGGAUCAGAAUAUUCUGCAGAAUGCAUCCCCUGAGAUGCUUCAUCGAACCCCAGGGAUCAGGAGGCAGCAGACCAACACGGCGGAUGCGUUACUUGUGAACUUUGAAGGACCCGACGACUGCUACUCACCCUAUAACUGGCCCACGCACAAAAAGAUUGUCACGGCUUUUUUCUAUGGCUUUUUUUGCUUCACAUCCUCUCUCGCAUCUGGCAUUCUUUCACCAGCCGUGUCAGAGCUGGCCUUUCAUUUUCAUGUCUCGGUUGAGGUCGCAACACUUUGCUCUUCCACUCUCUUUCUCCUAGGCUACACCACAGGUCCCUUUGUCUGGUCGCCGAUGUCAGACUUUUAUGGCCGCAAAAUCCCGAUAGUCAUCUCGACGUUCGGCUUCGUUUGCUUCGGGGCCGGUUCUGCCACCGCAAAAGACUUCCAGACGUUAGCACUCUGUCGCUUCUUCCAAGGCGUCAUGGGAGCUUCUGCCCUGAUACUGCCGCUCUCGGCUUAUGCAGACUUCUGGAAAGGCGCUCACCGGGGUUAUGCGUCGAUCGCAUUCCUAGCUUCUGUGUUCGGUGCGCCAAUGCUUGCUUCUCCAUUGGCCGGGUUCACUGUAGACAACCAAUCGCUCGGCUGGCGUUGGUGCGCAUGGUGGACUGUCAUCCUGGGUGGAGGAGACCUCGUUGGGAUGGUGUUAUUCGCCUCCGAAUCCUACGCUCCGUACCUUUUGAAGCAGAAAGCAGUACGGUUGCGUGUCAGCACCGGAGAAUGGGCGAUUCAUGCCAAAAUCGAAGAACGGCACGAUACAUUGGGGCAGAUGUUGAAGUAUCUGUUCCAGAGACCCUUUAUCAUGGUGAGCAAGGAGCCGAUCUUGCUCUUCAUCUGCAUCUACGUGGCGUUUGUUUAUGCUUUGAUAUUCACGUUCUUGGUGUCCUAUGGGAUUGUUUUCGUCGAAGGUUAUCACAUGAAUCGUGGUCUGGGUGGGCUGCCUUUCUUUGGUAUCAUUACAGGCCUUGCAAUUUCGGCAGCCAUACACAUGGCUCAAGAGAGAAAAUACGCCCGCUGGAUUAAGGAAAAUGAUGGGAUCAUGAUUCCCGAGUGGCGAAUGCCUAUUUGCGUCACAGGAGCCGUGGCCUUCGCUGCCGGCUUGUUCUGGUUCGCCUGGACCGCUGCUUACCCCAGACAUGUGCAUUGGAGCAUUCCAACUGUCAGUGGAGUCGCAACUGGCUAUGGGCUUCUUACCAUAUUUAUUGGAUGCUUCAAUUUCAUUCUCGACAUAUACAAAACCAAUUCUGCGUCCGCCUUUGCGAUCGCAACCAUCUCACGUUCGGCUCUCGCGGCGGGAUUUCCUAUGUUUGCGAGACAAAUGUUCCACAAUCUAGGUGUGCAGUGGGCAAAUACACUGCUGGGCUGCCUCGCUACGCUCCUCAUCCCCGUCCCAAUAUGCUUCUGGGUAUGGGGAGCGCGGAUACGUGCACGAAGUACCUUCGCCGUGGACAAUGUCUUGCCCCCAGGUCCAGGGAGAAGUGGGGAGUGCCGCGAUGACACAUCUGAGGACAAAGACGUGGAGAGGGCAGGGAUGGAGAUGAAGCAAGCUGUAGAUGACGGCCUGGGAGCACAAGAGAGGGAUGAAGGUGGUCCAGAAAAGCACUUUGCAGGCUCCGACUCAACAAUAGCCAAAUUACGUCGGCGACAUUUGAACGGAUUGAACCUUGCAUUUCGAUCACCUUAUGUGCUUGGUGACCGCAUACAAACAGCUGCACACCAGCAACUUGCGUCGCCUCCAGCGUAUCUCGCCAUGCAGGACUCGAGAUACGUUCCCAAUCCCCUCCGGCCAUACUACGUCCCUCCAUCCAUUGGAACCGAUGCGCUGCCCAACGCCACCGCGGGUGCCUCGAAACCUAUUCCCCAAGGGACUGGUUUCACGUUUCCCGACAUCGACUAUUCCGACUACAUUUCGGAUACCUCGCCGUCUCUCCCGGGAUCAAUCAAAUCAAUAGUUGACCGCGCGUUAUGGAAAUAUGCAAAUGUCGUGCUUGCCCAGCCGUUUGAGGUUGCCAAGCUGAUUCUGCAGGCACGCGUUGCUCAAGAUGAUGAAGAGGAAGACAAAAAGCCGCGACGGAGGUAUACAUAUGGCGAAGGGGAAGACGAAGAGGCACAGGUGCACGACGAAUACGACCAAGAACAUUCAUCGGAUGACGAACCCAAUUAUUUCACGUCUACCGCGCCGUUUGAACAAUCGAUAUCGAGUCGCUCACCAGCUCGGGGUCGGCGUGGAAGGCCACCCCGAGAGACUGCGUCUUCACGCUUUCCCGACCGCCGUCAACAAGCCGAUGUACAGUUACACCUCAAGAACCCACAUUCUCUUUUCGAUGCACUGUCAUCUCUGUCGUCGAGUAGUGGAGCGUUGGCUAUGUGGCGGGCGACGAAUUCUACAUUUGUGUACAAUAUCCUGACACGGACUUUGGAGACCUUCUUCAGAAGUUUCCUGGCGGCUGUUCUUGGAGUGGCCGAGACUGAUAUUCUGAAUACGCCAGCACCGGGAGCAAUUCCCGACGUGUCUAUCCUCACCUCGACCGCCCCGGUGGUCACCAUCUUGAUCAGCACUGCGGCGGCGGCGUUGUCUGCCCUUGUCCUUGCACCAAUUGAUGCUGCCAGGACCAGACUCAUCCUCACACCGUCCAGUCAAGAGCCGCGGACACUACUCGGGACUCUACGGACACUUCCCACUCCGUACCUUAUUCCCAGCCACCUCAUCCCUAUCACUUUCUUCAGCUCAACUCUGCCAACACUGAUCUCUACAAGCACUCCGGUAUUUCUCAAGACUUAUCUCGGGCUGGAUCCCGUCAUCAAUCCCGCUACUUGGAGUGUUGCAACAUUUGUGGGAUCGGCGUUGGACCUAUCGAUCAAAUUUCCUCUGGAGACGGUCCUCCGUCGAGCACAGAUUGCCACCUGGACAUCCCCAGCGUAUGCACCACCUUCUUCAUCCUCCAAACGCAAAGUCGUCACGACCAUUGUGCCGGUGCCACAGUCCUACCGAGGAAUCCUACCGACCUUCUGGAGUAUCGCACGCGAAGAAGGUUACUCUGAGACUCGAAAGGACAAAACUGCCGCAUUAAUGGGCAAGGCCCCUAGGCGGAAGAGGAGAGGACAAGGGAUUGAAGGGUUGUAUCGCGGCUGGCGAGUUGGCCUAUGGGGAUUAGUGGGUGUCUGGGGAACAGCAUUCGUGGGAGGUCUGCAAGGCGGCAGCGAGUCCAAUGCUGCAGAAGCCGGUGUGCACGGUGGUAAGUUUUGA